AUAACAUUUGUUUACACCGCUUUUAUUUUUCCCUGAACUUGGUUUUGCUAAUAAUACAAUUUAAAAAUAUUUCAAAAGUGAAAUACUCAAAUUAAAAACACAAAAAGACGCUAAAAAUGUCUGAAUAUAGAGAACCAGAACUUGGAAAAUCUGGAAUAAAUGAUGCCCUAUUAGAAGAUGUGACUGAAAAUAAAAUAGCCAUUGAAAAAAAUGUUGAAAAUCUACAUGUGGAAAUGGACGAAAUCAUUCAUAAAAAUGAGUGUAAUUCAAUUGAAAAUAUAAACGAUCUUAGUAAAGGAGUAAGUGAUAAAGCUAUAGAAUAUAAUACACAAGACCAAAACAUACAAAAAUUGGAAAUAGAAGGAUCAAGCGAACAUGCUGCUACUUGUUCUGAGAAGGGUGGAGAUAUGGAUGUAACAGAAAUAACGGAAGAAACAGAUGGAGCAUCAAAAAAUAAUGAAAUUGUUCGUGUGGAAAAAGAAAAUAGGCUAGCUGAUCAUUUAAUUGGCAUUUCACCUUCUAUGGAAACAAACGAUAAACAGUUAGAUUCAGAAAAAGUAUUAGAAGCUUCAUUAAGUGAAUCGCUUAAAGUAAAGUGUGAUGAUCGAAUGGAACCUAUGGAAGUAGACACUCAUAGUUUACCAAUAUCUGGUAGUCCCAAUGCUGUGCUUGAAGAUAACGAGGAUAGUCAAGAAUCACCACUUGUAAUUGACGAAAAACCUCCUUCGCCAAAUGAAACAAACGUAGAAGUCCCUUUAACUUCUUACGAAGUUAAUAACUCCGAACAUGAAAAGAGAGUCGAAAAUGAAUUUAAAGAGGGAGACGUUCAGCCAGCAGCCGCAAUUGGAUCUAAUGAGGCAACUAUAGAAAAGAGCAGCAGCAACUCAAACCAAAAUGAAAAUUUGUCAAUUGAUCACAACCAGUGUGCACCUGGAAAUAUCAUUGAAAUAGAUGAUGACAAUGAAGAAGCAAAAAUUGAUGACGAUCCAGAUGUGGAAAUAACGGAAACAAGGAGUGCUUCUUAUAUUCCUGUAAUCGAAAUAGACGAUGAUGAUGAAGAUGAAAAUCCGCAAGAAGAGGCACAGAAAGAAAAAGUAAUUGAUCAGAAAUCCACUCCGCCUACCCUUAAAAAAGAUGUUGAUGCAUUACCUCACGAAAAUAGUGAUAACAGGGUCCUUAAAGAUAACGUUGAAGAGAGCACAAGUGUAGAGAACACAUUAAAUAAAGAAUCAGUUGCAGAACCAGAUUUAUUAAAGGAAACUGAAUUACCACCAGAGGCACGCCAAUCAGCCGAUAUAGAACAGAUUGAAGUAUUUUACAAUCAGGAGUGUAUCAAUCACGAUUGUCCUAGAAACCACAAACAGUUUUUCAUAGUACCCCAAUUCGCUUUGAGCCACUUUAAAGUAAAGAAGAGACGAAGCCAAAAGCAAUAUGUGUGCGCAGAAUGUUAUGACUGUGCGCUUGACACAUACGAGGAGUACUGUGGUUUAUUAAAAGCUAAACAGCCUUUACUUUUGAAAAAUAUUAAUAUUCAAGGCCCUGAGUUUGUGGAAAUUACAGAUAGCAGUGACGAUGAUGAAGAAACGUCUACAACGCAAGAAAUUCAAACAGCAAAAGGAUCAUUUUCCCAAGCGAAUUUAGAUCUAAUAGAAGCCGAACUUGAAAGCUCCAUUAAAAAAGUGCUUGAAAAUUUGGAAAUACAAAAUCAGUUAACUUGGUCGAAGACAAUUUUGGAGACACGUGCCCGUAGACUGGAAGAGGAGUCUAACCUAAAUGAUGAAUUACUCCGGUCAUUACAGAAAAAGGCCGAUCAGAUGUACAGCACACUUUACCAAUGUCCGAAAAUAAGAUUGCGUCAAUUCCAACCAUUAGAUUUGAAUACUAACUUACCAUAUACGUUCCCUGAGGUCACAGCUUGCCCGCCAAUGGGGGAAGUAUUACGUCUGCCUAUCGAAAUUAACCAGGUUUAUUAUGCGGUAAAGAAUAAGGCAAUAGCCAGUUGGGUGCCUUGUAAAGUGAUUGAGCAAGUGGAAUCAAAUUCACUUUUGGGAUCGCUUUCAAAGGUGCCGAAUUAUAAAGUUAAAUUUUUAAAACUGCACUAUCAGAUGGUGAAAACUGUCUCGGCGAAGCAUUUAGCCUACUACGAUCCCCCCAAAGUCCGUCUUCCAAUAGGAUCUCGUGUAAUUGCUUACUUCGAUGCCACUUCCUUGUCGCGUGGCAAAGAAAAGAUGAUGAUACAGAGUGCUUUUUAUCCAGGAAUUAUUGCCGAACCUUUAAAGCCGAACAACAAAUAUCGAUAUUUAAUAUUCUACGAUGAUGGUUACACCCAAUAUGUUUCGCACAAAGAUGUUCGUUUGGUGUGUAAUGUUUCUGAAUAUGUGUGGGAGGACGUACAUCCGGCAUCUCGAGAAUUUAUUCAAAAAUAUCUUACACAAUACUCAAUCAACCGGCCGAUGGUGCAGACACAGAAAGGACAAAGCAUGACCACAGAGUCAAAUGGCAAGUGGAUUUAUGCACGAGUUGUAGACAUUGAUUGCAGCUUAAUACAAAUGCAAUUUGAGGGACCAAAAAGUCAUACGGAGUGGAUCUAUAGAGGAUCACUACGUUUGGGACCAGUUUUUAAGGAGUACCAGAAAACUUUACAAAAGGAUACGCUUCCUUUACCACGACUGGCCAGGCGCACUGAACCAUUUAUACGUUACACUGCUGAUGAGGAGGCAACUACAGCGCAACAGGAGCAAGUAAAGGAGCGCGAACGUGAACAUGAACGUGUGUCUAGCACCGAGCCACGUGCUGUUGCUAAAAAGAGUGUAAGCCGCUUAUCAACAGAAUCAACAACAUCAAGUAAUACGCCAUCUCAUACGUCGUCAUUACCCACAGUGCGCCAUUUGAACAACUCCACGAUCUAUCUUGAAGAUGAAAACAAGCCGAAAGGAAAAGUUGUCUACUAUACGGCUAAACGAGAUUUGCCACCAUUAACAUAUCGCCCACAUAAAUGUUCCUCAUCGUGUUUAUUCAAAAUUCCGCAUAAUCUUAGCGCAUACAGCCCAUUGUCUAAGCCAUUGCUCUCUGGUUGGGAGCGACCUAUAAUGCGUUUAAAGAACAAAAAAAUAGUGUCCUACCGUGGACCGUGUGGUAAAAUCAUGCGUAACAUGGAGGAGGUGCGUCGUUACCUCCGUGCAACAGAUAACGCACUUAAUGUUGAUAAUUUCGACUUCCACCAUGAGACCAGCUGUUUGGCCGAAUAUGUAAUCGAAUCGGCUAUUGUACAAAAGCGCGAUAUAUCUUUGGGCCAAGAAAAAAUGGCAAUACCCUUAGUGAAUUAUUACGAUAAUACAUUGCCGCCGGAGUGUAAAUACGCCGCCCAACGUAUACCGACGGAUGGUGUCAAUCUCAAUCUUGAUCCUGAAUUUUUAGUUGGUUGUGAUUGCGACGGAGACUGCUCGGAUAAAGAAAAAUGUUCGUGUUGGCAACUCACUUAUGCGGGCGCCAAGUAUGGCAACCCAAAUACGCCAGUGGCAGAAAUCGGUUAUCAAUAUAAGCGCUUAUAUGAGCACGUUCCAACAGGAAUCUACGAAUGUAACUCAAGGUGUAAAUGCAAAGCAAAUUGCUUAAACCGUGUAGCACAACAAUCUUUAGCAAUGAAACUGCAGGUAUUCAAAACAUCAAACCGUGGUUGGGGCUUACGUUGCAUAAACGAUGUACCCAGAGGCAGCUUUGUGUGCAUAUAUGCUGGUCACUUGCUAACGGAAGCAAAAGCAAAUGAAGGCGGUCUAGAUGCUGGUGACGAAUACUUCGCAGAAUUAGAUUAUAUAGAGGUAGCAGAACAAAUAAAAGAAGGGUACGAAUCGGAUGUUGAACCGCCAGAGAUCGAGGAAGAGGAGGAUACAUAUGCACCAGAUCCAGAAGACGAUGACGAGUUCACACCAAGUAAAUCGUUUUUAACACGUGCUAAAAAUAAGGCACAAAAACUCACACGUAGCAGUUCGACUCAAAACACGGACGAAGAUUCACAGGAACGUCAAGUAAUUAACUUUAAUCCCAACGCGGACAUGAAUGAAGACUCCACACGAGAAUCAUCUAUACGAGCCCUAUUUGGAAAGGAUGAGGCCUGCUAUGUUAUGGACGCAAAAACCAUAGGAAAUCUGGGACGCUAUUUUAAUCACUCAUGUUCUCCCAAUCUUUUCGUACAAAACGUUUUUGUCGAUACCCAUGAUUUGAGAUUCCCUUGGGUAGCAUUCUUCUCCUCCACUAAUAUUCGGGCUGGUACGGAACUAACUUGGAAUUAUAAUUAUGAAGUUGGCGUUGUGCCCGGAAAAGUAUUAUACUGUCAAUGUGGUGCGCCAAAUUGUCGUCUCCGUCUUCUUUAAGUAUAGAAGUGUAAUUUUUAUUUUAUUUAUGUGGAAAAAUACAACAAACACGAACGAAUUUCUGAAGAUGUUUUCUUAUUCUAUUUGGCAAUAACAAGUGAAUUAAAGUGAAUCAGUCGUCGCUAUCGUUGUUGUUUUCACCCUCAGCUAUACGUUGUAGAUGUAAUUUUAGUCCAUUGUCCGGUUUUAAAUGCGACAUGUUGAUAUACUGAUUAUUUCCACAGCCA